GUUGAUUGCACCUGAGCGCUUCCACGGUGACGGAGUGAGUGCCGCUGUUUGGAGAUAAUGGAUUCUUCUGUUGCACCCCUGGAGAUCAACUGAAUCAAGGCCAUCAGACUCAAGCACAAUGGAGAACAACACCACCCUCUUUCAGGACGUUUCCCGGGUUUUAAAUCUGACAGAAAUGCCUCUGAACCCUCUUGAAGAGCAGGUCAUCACAAUAUUUUUGACUCUGCUCAUCUGUGUAGUUGGGAUUGCCGGGAAUAUCAUGGUGGUGCUGGUAGUCCUCCGCACUAAACACAUGGUGACCCCCACUAACUGUUACCUGGUCAGUCUGGCAGUGGCAGAUCUCAUCGUUCUCCUGGCUGCAGGUCUGCCUAACAUCUCUGAUGUUGUAGCUUUCUGGAUUUACGGAUACACAGGAUGCUUGUGUAUAACUUACCUUCAGUAUCUUGGCAUCAACGUGUCGUCCUGCUCCAUCACGGCCUUCACCAUCGAGCGAUACAUCGCCAUUUGUCACUCGAUAAAGGCGCAGUUCAUAUGCACCGUUUCCCGAGCCAAAAGGAUCAUAGCAGGAGUCUGGAUCUUCACCUCUCUUUACUGCAUCAUGUGGUUCUUCUUAGUCGACACAGAUGAAACGGUGUAUACCAACGGAGUGGUGGUGACCUGUGGAUACCGCGUCUCCCGGAGCUUCUACAUGCCCAUAUACUUCCUGGACUUCACUUUGUUCUACGUGAUCCCGCUCACCGUGGCUACUGUGCUGUACGGGCUCAUCGCCAGGAUUUUGUUCAUGAGCCCACUGCCAUCGCACCUGAACGACAAAACAGGAGGAGGGUCGGUUCACCAGGGUCACUCCAGCAGCACCAACAAGGCCAACAAAGGAGCGGUGUCUGCAAGGAAACAGAUAACAAAGAUGCUAGCUGUGGUGGUCAUCCUCUUCGCCUUCCUCUGGAUGCCUUACCGAACUCUAGUGGUGGUCAACUCCUUCAUCGACCCGCCUUACCACAACACCUGGUUCCUGCUCUUCUGCCGCAUGUGCAUCUACACCAACAGUGCCAUCAACCCCAUCAUCUACAACCUCAUGUCUCAGAAGUUUCGUGUGGCGUUCAAGAAGCUCUGCAAGUGCAAGAGGGGACAAAAAGAGAAGGCGGUAGAGUACAACAUCCCAAUUUAUUACAGCGUGAUGAAGGAUUCCUCCCACGAGAGCAACGAUCAGGUCACAGAGCAGGAGGACGUAAGCAGCCAAACCACCAAAAGGUUCAACGAUACCGAUGACGAUGCAAGCGCCUUUAGCAUUUCUUAG